UUUUUUAAGUUUUUUCUCUAGAAACUAGAAAAGAAGAAAGAAAUCACACUCAGAAACCCACUGCAAAACAUUGAAACCCAGAAACCCCGAGAAAACUCGCACUCUCCAAAACGAUGUCGUCUCAAAACGGCUACGACCGCGGCAACCUCCAACAGCAUCAACCUCCGCCGCAACAGCAACAAGGUGAAGAUGGUGGUACUGCUGAAGUGGGAUGGUAUGUUGCGGCUGAUAAUCAACAACAGUUUGGCCCUUACGCUCGCUCUGAGCUGCUCCAACACUACUUAAAUGGAUACCUCUUGAAAGACACACUUGUGUGGUCUGAAGGAAGAACUGAAUGGCAGCCGUUGUCCUCAAUUCCUGAGUUGUGGGCAGAAAUUAACCAGCAGGGACCUGCUUAUUCAACUGCAGUGUCCACCAAUGAUGUUGAUGAGUUUGAGAAAUUUCAAAAUGAGAUCAAGGAGGCAGAGGCACAAGUAGAAGGUGUAGGAGGAGCAGAUCCUGAGAGACCUUCAACGCCACCUGAGGGUGAAGAAGAGUUUACUGAUGAUGACGGGACAACGUACAAGUGGGACAAGAAUCUUAGAGUCUGGGUUCCCCAGGAGCAUGCUUCUGUCAGCAAUGAACCAUAUGGUGUUGAAGAGAUGACCUUCUUGGAAGAAGAGGAAGUGUUUCCAACAGUAACUGGUUCUGAUGCCUCCGAAAAGCUUGAAGAUACUUCAAAAUUGACUGCUCCUUCCGAGCCCUUAAAGGAAGAUCCAAACAACACUAAUGUUGUAACAGAUGGAAAGAGGAAGCUUUCAGAUAAGCCAGCCGAGAAGAAGGAAGCUAAUAAACCUCCAGACAGUUGGUUUGAGCUAAAGAUUAAUACGCAUGUUUACAUCACUGGAUUACCGGAGGAUGUUACCACUGAUGAAGUCGUGGAGGUAUUUUCCAAGUGUGGAAUUAUAAGAGAGGACCCAGAAACUAAAAGGCCUCGUGUGAAGCUUUAUGUUGAUAAAGAGACAGGAAGGAAAAAGGGAGACGCCCUGGUUACCUAUCUCAAGGAACCCUCAGUUGCUCUAGCACUCCAAAUUUUGGAUGGAACACCUCUUCGUCCUGGUGACAAGAUUCCUAUGUCAGUCAGCCAGGCUAAAUUUGAGCAAAAAGGAGAGAAGUUUAUAAGCAAGCAAGUAGACAAUAAAAAGAAGAAGAAAUUGAAAAAGGUUGAAGACAAAAUGCUUGGAUGGGGUGGUCGUGAUGAUGGAAAAGUUUUAAUUCCAGCAACCGUUAUCCUUCGUUAUAUGUUUACUCCAGCUGAAAUGAGGGCUGAUGAAAAUUUGCGUUCAGAACUAGAAGAAGAUGUUAAAGACGAGUGUACGAAGCUUGGUCCUCUGGACUCAGUCAAGGUAUGUGAGAAUCAUCCACAGGGUGUUGUUUUGGUAAAAUUCAAGGAUCGAAAGGAUGCUCAGAAGUGCAUAGAAUUGAUGAAUGGAAGAUGGUUUGGUGGUAGACAGAUACAUGCCUGCGAGGAUGACGGUAUGAUUAACCAUGCCACCAUCCGGGAUCUGGAUGCAGAAACCCAGCGGCUGGCGGAGUUCGGCGCGGAACUCGAAGGUGAAUGAGUUGACCAGAACAAUUUGCACCUGAUUAACAAUUCCCAAUAUGUGCAAGUCUUGACCUGGAACUUUUUCAAGAUGGCUGGAGCUUUUUAUGGAAACUUGUGUAAUAUAAUCUGCAUAGCAUCCAGAUUAUUAGGAUUGUGAUACAUGGUGAUCUGAUAGAAUACGAACAGUUCGAUUAAUUUUGAAGAAAUUAUUAUUUAAAGGGUAAUUUACCUCUUAUGUAAGAAUUAUGCUUAGUCCUAGUAUUUUGUUC